AUGGCUACCCCAGGAAAUUCCAACCACCGUGCCUGGUGGAAAGAAAGCUCCGUGUACCAGAUCUGGCCUGCUUCCUUCAAGGACUCAAAUAACGAUGGUGUCGGUGAUAUCCCCGGUAUCAUUUCCGAACUGGAUUACAUCAAAGACCUCGCCGUGGAUAUCGUCUGGCUUUGUCCAUCGUAUAAAUCGCCGCAGGUGGACAUGGGUUAUGAUAUUUCGGACUACUACAGCAUCGCCGAUGAGUAUGGCACAGUUGAAGAUGUCGAGAAAUUGAUCGCUGGCUGCCAUCAGCGGGGUAUGAAACUCCUGAUGGAUCUGGUCGUCAACCACACCAGUGACCAGCAUGAAUGGUUCAAGCAGUCGCGCAGCUCCAAGGAUAACGAGUACCGAAACUGGUAUGUCUGGAAGCCAGCCAAAUACGAUGAACAGGGCAACCGCCAGCCUCCCAACAAUUGGGUUUCUCAUUUCCAGGGGAGCGCCUGGCAAUGGGACGAGUUGACCCAAGAAUACUACCUGCACCUAUAUGCGGUUGAGCAGCCCGACCUCAACUGGGAACACCCGCCAGUCCGCAAGGCCGUGCACGAUAUCAUGCGAUUCUGGCUCGACAAGGGCUGCGAUGGGUUCCGUAUGGACGUGAUCAACUUCAUUAGCAAGGAGCAGAGCUUCCCCGAUGCACCCAUCAAGGACCCGCGGACGCCCUGGCAGUGGGGCGACAAGUGGUACGCCAACGGCCCGCGCUUGCAUGAGUACCUCCAGGGUCUUGGCAAGAUUCUCAAGGAGUACGAUGCCUUCAGUGUUGGUGAGAUGCCGUUCGUCACCGACGAGAAGGAGGUGCUCCGUGCGGUGCAGUUUGACCGCAAUGAGAUCAAUAUGAUCUUCAAUUUCGAACAUGUUGACAUUGACCAUGGCAAAUAUGAUAAAUUUGAACCUGGUAGCUGGAAACUCACUGACUUGAAGGACUUCUUCGAGCGUUGGCAGACGUUCAUGUAUGCCAAUGAUGGUUGGAAUGCACUCUACUGGGAGAAUCAUGACCAGCCGCGCUCAAUUGAUCGCUACACAAAUGCUAGGGAGGAGUAUCGACUCGUCGCGUCCAAGAUGCUGGCUACUGCCCUCGCAUUGCAGGCUGGUACUCCAUUUGUUUACCAGGGACAGGAGUUGGGAACUAGAAAUGUGCCCAAAUCAUGGGGUAUUGAAGAAUACAAAGACAUCGAUUGUCUGAACCACUGGAAAAGACUGCCAAAGGACGACACCGCUGCCCAAGCAAUUGCUCUCCAAGAGUAUCAGAAGAAGUCACGCGACAACGGACGCACUCCGGUCCAGUGGUCGGCUGCUGAGAAUGCCGGUUUCACUGGCCCUGGUGUCAAGCCCUGGAUGUCUGUGAACACCGAUUAUGUGCGGAUCAAUGCCGAAGCGGAAGUCAAAGAUCCCAACUCGACAUACCAUUACUGGGCUACUGUGCUGAAAUUGCGCAAGAAGUACCUCGAUAUCUUUGUGUACGGUGAUUUCACACUUUUGGACAAACCUAACCAGGAGGUCUUUGCGUACACUCGCCAGUAUGGCGAUCAAAAGGCCUUGGUUGUGUGUCACUGGACAGAGAAGACUCUAGAGUGGGAUGCGGCCAGCAACGGUAUCACUGGUGUGAAGCAGGCUUUACUUAACACUUAUGAAGGCGUUGAGGAGGCUUCCCAGCGGUUCUCUAGUCAACAGUGGACACUUCGACCCUAUGAGGCUGUGUCAUGGAACAAGCACCUGGACAAAAAAGUAUGCAAAGCUGUCAACUCUCACGGUGCUCUCCGCAUAUCGGGGGGCGCCUCUUAUCCGAUCCCCGCAGCAGAUAAGCAUCGAGGGGGAGUCAGAACUCCAAUGACCGAACGAUUGAAAGAACCCAAUUCCCUCAAACAUAUUGAUCCGCACAAAUCCAAUGCGAACAAAAUGUCCUCCUCAGAAGCAACUGAAGUCCCCGCCCAUCUGGAUUCAAAAACCUACCCACGCACACACCACGACACAACGCAAAACAUCCACAUAACGCUAACAUACGACACCCUGGACGCAAACACCUAUUUAUCGCAAACCUCUUCCCCAGCAGCGGGCGCCAACAUCCUCUUCCUCGGCACGACGCGCGAUACCUUCGAAGGCCGCUCCGUCUCGCAACUCAGCUACACGGCCUACCCGCCUCUGACGCUGAAGACGCUAGCGGGGAUCGCCGAGGCUGCCGUGAAGACGCAUCGUCUUGAGGGAGUGAGUAUUGCGCACAGACUGGGCACUGUGCCCAUUGGAGAGGCUUCUAUUGUUAUUGCUGUUAGUGCGGGACAUCGGGGCGCGGCGUGGAGGGCGGGUGAGGAGGUGCUUGAGGCUUGUAAGGAGAAGGCGGAGAUUUGGAAGAGGGAGGAGUUUGUUGAUGGGGGGAUGGAGUGGAGGGCUAAUGCCGAUCGGGAUGCUGAGGGGAGGGUCUUGGGAUCCGAUGCUGCUUAG